AUGGGCCGGGGCCCCCGGGGUGCAGGCCGCCCGCCCCGCCGCCUGCUGCCGCUCGUGCUGCUGCUCGGCCUGGCGCGGGGCGCGGGCGGAGCGCGGGGCGCCCACGAUGUCUGUGCCACUUGCCAUGAGCAUGCUACCUGCAAGCAGAUGGAAGGCAUGAAGAUGUGUGUUUGCAAAUAUGGAUUUGUGGGCAACGGGAGGACUCACUGUGUUGAUAAAAAUGAGUGCCAGUUUGGAGCCACUGUGGUCUGUGGAAACCACACCUCUUGCCACAACACACUCGGGGGCUUUUACUGCAUUUGCCUCGAAGGAUAUCGAGCCACGAACAACAACAAAACAUUCAUUCCCAAUGAUGGCACCUUUUGCACAGACAUAGAUGAGUGUGAGGUUUCCGGCCUGUGCAGGCAUGGAGGACGGUGUGUGAACACUCACGGAAGCUUCAAAUGCUACUGUAUGGAUGGAUACCUGCCAAAGAAUGGGCCUGAGCCUUUUCACCCGACCAGAGACGCCACAUCAUGCACAGAAAUAGACUGCGGCACCCCUCCUGAGGUCCCAGAUGGCUUGAUCAUAGGAAAUUAUACUUCUAGGCUUGGCAGCCAGGUUCGUUAUGCUUGCAAAGAAGGAUUUUUCAGUGGUCCAGAAGAUACAGUUUCAAGCUGCACAGCCUCGGGCACAUGGGAGUCCCCAAAAUUAAAUUGUCAAGAAAUCAACUGUGGCCAUCCUCCGGAAGUGCAGCAUGCAGUCCUGGUGGGGAAUCACAGCUCCAGCCUGGGCAGUGUGGCUCACUAUGUCUGUCAAGAGGGCUUUGAGAGCCUGGGAGGAAAGAUCACUUCUGUUUGCACAGAGAAAGGCACUUGGAGAGAAAGUACUUUGACAUGCACAGAAAUAAUUCCAGAAAUUAGUGAUGUAUCGGUGUUUAAUAACACCUGUGUGAAGUGGCAAAUAAACCCAGGAAGCAUCAUCUUCAAGAUUGUCUACGUGAUCUACAUAAAAGGACACCGGUUGCACCCCGUGGAAUCAGUUCAUGAGGAGACAGUCAAUGUGACCGCAGACAGCAGGACCCCAGAAGUGUGCCUCGAUCUGUACCAAGGCACCAACUACACCGUGAGCAUUUCUACCGCCCCUCCCACACGCUCCGUGCCAGCCAUCAUUGGGUUCCAGACAGCUGAAGAUGAUCUCCUAGAAGAUUAUGGAAUUUUCAAUAUUUCAGUAUUCAGUGAAGCUUGUUUGAAACUGAACAGGCACCCCCGGAAAGUUGGAUCAGAACAAAUGUAUCAAUUUACAGUUCUGGGUCAAAGGUGGUAUCUGAGUAAUUUUUAUCAUGCCGCAUCAUUUAACUUCACAACGAGGGAACAAGCUCCAGUGGUGUGUUUAGACCUGUACCCGGCAACUGAUUACACAGUGAAUGUCACUCUCCUGGGAUCUUCUGAGCACCACUCAAUGCAAAUAAUGAUGGCAACCGCACCAGCAGUAAAACAGAUCAUCAGUAACAUUUCAAUAUUUAAUGAAACCUGCUUGAGAUGGAGAAGUACAAAGACAGCUGAUAUAGAGGAGAUGUAUUCAUUCCACAUUCAAGGCCAGAGAUGGUAUCAGAAGGAAUUUGCCCAGGAAAUGACCUUUAAUAUCACUGCCAGCAGCCAGGCUCCUGAGAUGUGCUUGGACCUAUGUCCGGGCACCAACUACAGUGUCAACAUCCAGGCUUUGUCUUCCGAACGUCCUGUGGUCCUCUUUCUGACAACCCAGAUUUCAGAUCUCAUUCACUUGAUAGCAACAUUGAGAAGAUUAUAUGAGAUGAGGCCCAUGCAGGACACAGCUAGUGCAUUUGAGCCUCCACUUCCGGAAGUAGACUUUGUCACGGUGCAUGGAGGGCCUCUACCACGGCUGAGACUGAGGAAGGCCAAGGAGAAGAAUGGACCUAUCAGUUCAUAUCAAGUGUUGGUGCUUCCCUUGGCCCUCCAAAGUACAUUUCUUUGUGAUUCUGAAGGGGCCACCUCAUUCUUUAGCAACACUUCUGAUGCUGAGGGAUAUGUGGCUGCAGAACUACUGGCCAAAGAUGUUCCAGAUGAUGCCAUGGAGAUACCUAUUGGAGACAGGCUGUACUAUGGUGAGAAGAUGCUCCUGUGCAGUUUGGGCUCAAGUGAAAGACUCGUCAUUCUUGCUGCAGCAGAUGGUGGGCGUCGGGCUGGGAUCCAUGGCUGUUGUGAUUAUUCUCGCAUUCCUCUCCUUCUCAGCCGUGUGAUCACAGACGGGCGCUACGUGAGCAGGAUGCGCUGCUGCUGGGGCAGAUGUUAUGACAGCUUCUCAGGUGCCCGCCCACACAGAGGCCCCACGUGGCUUCCAUCCAGGUGUGCGUGGGUCUGCAACUUUUUCCAUUCCCAGCCUGGCUCCAGUUCUGGAUUCAAGAUGCUGACUAUCCCUGUGGAACCACCCCUCUCAAGAGGAGGAAACUCUGGAAUCGCUGACAUCUUCUCUGCCUGCUACACAAGCAGUUCUGUGUCUGUGAACUUGGACCUUUGAGACACAACGUAACCUUGACCCCAGGCUACGGAUCAUAUGGGCGGGAGCUUUGUCUUCCUCUGAGUGGGUCCUGAUUGUCUGCUCUUCUGGACUUUUGAGUGCAAGAGAGUCUCUGCAACUUCCUUUGCAGCAUCUCUGAGCUAAUUUGGAAUCCAUCCUUUUACGAUGAGCAAUGAGAUGGACUUAAGUUUGAGCUGGAAUUUGCCUUUAUAAAGGAGGUCAUUGAAAAGGAUAGAGAUCAUUGACGUAGGCAACCUGCCCAACGUUUUAGAAGCAACCCCUUUCCUACAAUUAAUUGACAUCCUAACAGACAGUAUGCUAAGCUGGCCACUCCGGUAAGUUCCCUGCAAUGCCUCUUAGGCAGCAUGGCUUUGAUACGGAUCCAUUGGUCUGACAGGUAUUCAAAAGCCAUAAGUUUUCAUUCCAAUAAAAAUAUGCUGUUAAUUUAGGUGGUUUCUCUCUUCCACACCACCAUUUAUA